AUGGCCUCGGUGCCCUCCGCCGGCUGCCUCCUGGCCAAGAACCAGUACUACCGAACAAGACAGAACUCGGAAUCCAGUGUUUCUUCCAGCUCCUCCUGCUGUUUGGAUGCUGUGAACAUUACAGACCAGGACAAAAGUUUUCAUGGGUUACCUGAGUUAAUUGAUAAAUGUUGGUGGAUAAAAAGCUUUUUCCACAGUGAACCAUCUCCACCAACUGUUGGCAGAAAAACACUAUCAGCAAGCAG